UGCGAGGAACCGAUGGAGGAGAUGAACAUCCAGCACCCUGGGCUCACUGGCCUGAGGAAUCUGGGCAACACCUGCUACAUGAACGCAAUUUUGCAGUGCCUCUGCAGCGUGCCACCACUCGUUGAGUAUUUUCUCUCAGGAAAUUACCAAGCAGCCCUACACAAUGAGAACAGUGAGUCUGCAGCUGCCUUUGGCUCUUUGAUAUCUGAUAUGUGGCGUGGAGAGUUUGACUCUGUUUCCCCAGAGGUUUUUUAUUCAGUCCUUGGGAAGCAGUACCCAACUUUUAGCAAGAGGACUCAGGAGGAUGCACAGGAGUUUCUGAUCUGUGUGCUGGAUGAGCUUCACCAGGCUCUCAAGAAGUCAAGCAAAAGAAGAUGCAUAACCAAUGCAAAAGCAAGCGGAGGGAGUGUCAGUGAAACAUCUAUUAUCACACAGUUAUUUGAGGGACAACUCAGCUAUGAGAUCACAUGUCUGAAAUGCAAGAGCACCACUAAUAGACCCGAGAGCUUCACUGUUCUUUCCCUGCCCAUCCCUUCCAAGAGUGCGUGCUCUCUGCAGGACUGUCUCGAAUGCUUCUUUCAGCAAGACACACUGACUUGGAACAACCAAAUCUACUGUUCCUGGUGUGGAACAAAACAAGAUGCUGUAGUAAAGGCCACCAUAACCAAGGCACCACAGAUCAUUAUUUUUCACCUAAAGAGGUUUGAAUGGCAAGACUGGGGCGAAAGGAAACUCUCAACUGACAUCUGCUAUCCGCUCAGCAAUCUGGACCUCUCUCCCUACAGUUCCCCUCUUUUCUACAAGAAUGAAGAAUACAGCUUGUGUGCUGUAGUGAAUCACUCUGGUUUUCUGAACAACGGCCACUACACGGCGUUCUGCAAGCACCCAGUCACCAAAAACUGGUACAGCUUUGAUGAUGCACGGAUCACCGAGAUCCCAGAUUCCUCAGUGCAGACUGACACAGCCUAUCUCCUGUUCUACACCUCGCACGGCCUUCUCUACACCCAUUAAAAAUCUGCUACCCGUGGAAAAUGAAGAAGGAGUAGGCCAGCAAUUAGAAUUCAGUGGCAUUAGCCAAGUCUUGUUUC